AUGAUUAUACAACUACCAACAGGUAUGUCACGAGCUACUUCGAAUAAAACUGGGUAUGACAAGAAAGCAGGAUCAUUUAUAUGGACUGUUGAAUGGGUCGUUAUAGACGAAACUGGUAACGAGAAAGAUCGGUUCAUAAGUUACAGGUUGAAGGAGCAUUUGCUGUUGAAAGAUGCGGUUCCAAUGAACAUUUUGAAUAAUACUGUUUCCAUUAAUGAAGGAGAAGAUUCAGCAAAACAAAUCGACAAAGACCAGUUGAAUUUUUAUUUGGCAAAUGUUGUCGGCUAUGAAAAAACGAAAGAAACUAUCCUUCGCUUAAAUGGUACUGACCUGAUCUCAGAUGCCCUUACCAAUAUGAUUGUACUAGAAUAUCCUACCAUAUACAUCACCUUCAAUUCUGGCACGUGGAAAAAUCGUAUAAUAGCAGAAGAAGAGGCGUAUAAUUAUGCCAAACCAGCUAGUCUGCCUGACUCCAGCUCAUCAGAUGAUAGCUCAGGAUCCAGCUCCAGCGAUUCCGAUAGCGACUCUGAAAGCGAUUCUGACGAUUCACAAAGAAAUACAGAUGAUGAAAGCGACUCUGAUGAAGCCCCAGAGGAAACCUCUUCCAAGCCUAUAAAAUUAACGUUUGACACUGAGCCACAGACUGCAACUCAUGCUGCACCAGGAGAGAACAAAGCAGAAGGGGUGUGA